AUUAAUGGAAAUGCUUGUUUGUUUGCUAUUUCUAGAUUUUGCAAUUUCCUAAAAAUAAAAGUAAGUACUUUGCAUAUUAUCAAAAAAAUCUGUCGAAUAUUGUGCAUUUUUGAACUUCAUCAGUAUUAAAUUAGAUAUUUUCUGUUUUUGUUAGAUACCUGUGAAGAAAAGUUGCAAUCCUGGCGGCCCCAAUGUCCAUUCCGCAUAGCAGCUCGUCCACGGCGAGUUCGAGCACAAAACGAAAAGAAAUCUACAAGUACCAAGCCCCAUGGCCGCUGUACUCCAUGAACUGGUCGGUGAGACCGGACAAGAGGUUCCGACUGGCACUCGGCAGCUUCGUAGAGGAAUACAAUAACAAAGUACAGAUAAUAUCCUUAGAUGAGGAGACAAGUGAGUUCAGUGCAAAGAGCACUUUCGACCACCCGUACCCCACCACGAAGAUCAUGUGGAUACCGGACAGCAAGGGCGUGUAUCCUGACCUGCUCGCUACCAGCGGUGAUUACCUAAGAAUCUGGCGCGCCGGCGAGCCUUAUACCCUUUUCGAGUCAGUACUGAACAACAACAAGAAUUCUGACUUCUGCGCACCCCUCACUUCGUUCGAUUGGAACGAGGUGGACCCCAACCUCGUGGGGACCAGCAGUAUCGACACCACGUGCACCAUCUGGGGGCUGGAGACGGGUCAGAUGUUGGGCAGGGUCGCUGAGGUCACUGGGCACGUCAAGACUCAACUUAUCGCUCAUGAUAAGGAAGUGUACGACAUAGCGUUCAGCCGCGCGGGCGGCGGCCGCGACAUGUUCGCGUCCGUGGGCGCCGACGGCUCCGUGCGGAUGUUCGACCUUCGGCAUCUCGAACAUUCCACCAUCAUUUACGAGGACCCUCAGCACACGCCGCUGCUCCGGCUGGCGUGGAACAAGCAGGACCCUAAUUACCUCGCCACGGUCGCCAUGGACGCCUGCGAGGUGAUAAUCCUGGACGUGCGCGUGCCGUGCACGCCGGUGGCCCGGCUCAACAACCACCGCGCCUGCGUCAACGGCAUCGCCUGGGCGCCGCACAGUUCCUGCCACAUUUGCACAGCCGGUGACGACCACCAGGCUCUCAUAUGGGACAUCCAACAAAUGCCUCGUGCCAUAGAGGACCCGAUACUGGCGUACACCGCGGCCGAGGGCGAAGUCAACCAGAUACAGUGGGGCGCCACACAACCCGACUGGAUCGCUAUAUGUUACAACAGGCACACGGAGAUACUACGCGUUUAGGUACAUAUUUAUAUAUAGAAUAGUCAUGGUGAAGUACGCAGGCUCUACACGUAUAGUAUAAUCGGUAUAAAGUUAGCAUCGUCCUUUAAAAAAAAUAUUUUUCCCCAUCCGUCAUAUCUGAUAAUUAAAUGACCGUGAUUGGUCGGAUACGAAAGACGGCUCGUCGCCUAUUGGCUCAUUUUGUUUAUAUUUACCUUCCAAUAUUUGAUCAAAUGUUAUUACGACGUAUGUAAAAUCCGAUGAACAAGUGCUGAAAUUAAUUGAAAAAUCGUUAAAAGUUAAAGCGUUAAAUCCUUGAUCAAAUAUUUGUGUUGUUUAAAAUUCAGAUGAUGGAAAAUAAGACAUCCCUUUCAACGUUUGGGAGUAAGGAGAAAUAUAGACACAAUGUUGUAGCUGAUACCACAGGCAACCCUGUUUUUGGAAAGACUGGUUUGCUUUGUAAUUAAAAAAAAAAAUUAAAAUAGAGAUCAACUGAAAAUCACAUGACUCGGCUCGUUUAGCCAAUGACAUUGCAGUUGAAUUAAAAAUAUUAUUAUGAUGUAUGCAGCGAUUGUGACAAGUGGAGUCUCUGCCUACCCCUCCGGGAGAGCCCUGAUUUUAUGUGUGUAUUAUUUAGAUUGGCGGAAUGACAGGACAGGUUUUUUUUGUUAACCUUUUUUAGAAUAUCUAAAGGACUAUUAAUGGACAUUUUGUACGAUAUGUGUAUUGUCUUAUAUUAAGACAAGACUGAAUGUAAUCGGCGAAAAAUUAGUGAUUUUUAUAUUAUGCAUUUUUAAAUAUUACAUUCGACUUAAAUUUAUUCAAUGUGUAAGCGAGACAAACCUAUUGGGCGUUAGCUUUUAUCUCAUUUUGACAAGAUCUUUAAAAGCAGCGGUAAACUAUGAUUCUACAGCUUUAGGGACAGUUCACACCGGAGAAGCGACGCGAAAUUGUAAAAGAGUGAAGUGAACUGAACCUUUAGACAUUUUUAGAAGUAUUGACGCGGGAAGUGAAUUACUUUACGUAGUCAAGUUUGGAUAUUUAAAAAAAUGUUAGGAAAAGUGUGCAAUUUUAUGAGAGUCUAGGUCGGAAAGUUAACAAAGAUGGAUCUGCAUUUAAAUGGAUAAAGGCAUAGACUAGAAGUUAUAGGUAAUUAUUAAAUAAUUCUCUAUUGGUGAGGUAACAAAUUGUAAAAUACUAAAAUACAAUUGAAAGCAAAUUAAUUUGGUCGAUUAAAGUUGUAAUAGCUACAGGUGCGGUAUCUAUAUUUUUUGCAUUUUUGAGGAUAUACUAAAUUGAUGACAUAAAUUUAUAUAAAUAAAAGGAUAAAUCAUAACUUCGUAAUGUAUGCAAACGGGAAUUACCGCGAACAUUGCAUCAAAUCCAUUCUUCGCAAAGUACCAUAUUAUUAUGGUACAUUUCAAACAAUAAUUUACGUUGAAUAAAUUACUUAAAACUAAGUUUACUGCUUCCAUAGCUCAAAUGCAGAAGGAGCGGUACGAACUGCACUGUAGCAUUGUUUCAACUUCACACCGUCACAUUAAUACCCGUUUGCACACAUUGAUAUCACGCAACGCGAAACUUUUAGUUUUAAUAACUUUUGCUGAAACAUAAGAAUUUGACUUAACAAGAAUAAAGCUUAGCGGUAAUACAAUGUUAUUAUAUUUGUUUAGUAUUGUCGCGGUAUAAGUAGAGAAAAUGUUGACAUAAGAUAACCCGACAUUAUUUAUUUCAAUCAACAUUGAAUUAACUUAGAUAAUUAUUUCCAUAUGAAGAAAUGUUUUUCUAAGUGUGGGUUGCAUUAUAUCACUUUAGUAAUAACGAAAUUUUAAAGCUGACUGAAAUCACCGUUUAUACGAAAUUUGUAUUAAACCAAUAAAUAAUUUCAUUUAAAUUAACCGUUAACUGGGGAUAUGUUGCAGCAGCACACUAAAAUGGAACUUCCCAAGAUGUGGUGGUUAGUGACACUUCAUAUCGAAAUUCUACUCUAUAAGACGAUGGAAAGAUGAAUUUUCAAUGAUUGA